AUGGAGGCCCCGGGGGACUCUAAACUCGGCUUGGUCUUAAAGGGUCUUCGUACUGAUAUCGCCAUGGCUGUGCACGACGCCUUCCCUUUGCUUCACGGUUUGGCUGACAAAAACAUCAUCAGCGAGCAGAUGCUAAAGGACGCUUUGGAUCAGGAGACACGAGAAGGGAUCCACAAGACCGUGUACCAGCUGCUUUCCUGGGUAUUGGACCGGAACGCCACCACCAUCCGGGCCUUCUGGAAGAACUUGAACAAGACGUACAACCUGGACAGCUACCCCAGAUUGCGAGCGUUACUCGCACCCCAAAAUGGCGCGGGCGAUGUUGCAUCUCUUCAAAGCAAGAGGACUCACGGUAAAAAGAGGAGACACAAGGACGCAGAGGAUCAAUAUCGCACCAAGGCGAGCCAACACUAUGCGGGUGGUAAAGUGAAGCUGUACAAAAUGAAGACUGAAGCUUCUCCUCUGCAGCAAACGGGAGACGAGACUUCGGUCCAGAGAGGAGGAAGAGUCCCUACGUCUUCAUCUGUUUUCUCCACAAACCAGCUGUCAAUCAAGUGUGGACCAUCAUCAAACAAGGUCUUCAUCUCAGACGGUUCCGCAAGAAAGUGCAUCAAUCAACCAGGAGACCUUUACAAAUGCAAAGAGUUGAACUCCAAAGCUGCCACGGCAACCUUUCGCCGCCAGAUGGAGACAACAGCCAGCUCUGAACAGAGUCACCGUAACGAUGACGAGUGCGCCGCAUGCAAAGAUGGCGGCGAGUUGAUCUGUUGCGACGAGUGUCCCCGAGCUUUUCACCUAAGCUGCCUGGACCCCCCUCUCGCGUCCAUCCCCAGUGGUUCUUGGCAAUGUGAGGGCUGCAGUGGCAGCAGAAGGAAAGACCACAAAAGCCAACAACCUUUGCAUCCUCUACAGCGUCUGCCGAAGAGAGGGGGCAGUUUCAAGACUUUGGUUGUUGCUGUUUUUCAGCUUCCCGAAAUGGUCCACAACUCACAUGGCCGUGAACAGCGCUCAGCCACGCAUACCGACAUAUUAGACUCCAUCCUGGGAGACGCCUCCUUGGAUGGCAUCCUGCAAUGGGCUUUCCAUAACAUCCCUCAGCCUCUUCAAAACUCUCACGGAUGCUACCAAUGACAUGGAAUCAAGUGCUUUUCAACACCUACUAGAACCAAGAGUUUUACUCAUUUUGCCAAACGAGCAAAGAUCUGUUUUUCAUUUUUGGUGAAAAAUUAUCGCUGAGAA